GGCCAUAUUCAAUCCAGUAAAAGCCUCAAAAUUAAACAACAAUGGCGGGCAUCCCCGAUAAAUCGUGGCAGCCGCCUUUUGUGACUUUAGAAACAACGAUGGGGGACGUGACGCUGGAGCUCUACUGGAAACAUGCUCCCAACACCUGCCGCAACUUCGCCGAACUGGCCAGGAGGGGCUACUACAACGGCGUCAAGUUCCAUCGGAUCAUCCCGGACUUCAUGAUCCAGGGUGGAGAUCCCACGGCCACAGGUCGAGGGGGAGCAUCCAUCUACGGGAAGACCUUCCAAGACGAAAUCCACCCAGACCUCAAGCAUACAGGCGCCGGUGUGCUGUCGAUGGCCAAUGCGGGCCCGGAUACCAACGGGAGCCAGUUCUUCCUGACCCUGGGCCCCACGCAGUGGCUGGACGGCAAGCACGCCAUCUUCGGGCGGGUCCACUCUGGCAUGGCGGUGGUGCACCGCAUGGGCCGGGUGCCCACGGACAACAACGACCAGCCCCUCGAGGACGUCAAGGUCGUGCGUGCAUAUCCCCGAAUGAAGUGAAGCGCCCGCCC